CAGGAAAGUAACACCAACUUAAAACCUCCAGUCUGGGUCUCUAUUUCGCUGCCCAUAAAUUGGGACCAUUUUUCCAGGCUAGAGUUUUCUUAAGAUUUCCCUUCACAGAAGAUAAUAGGUUAAAUCCUUAUGCCAAUACUUGUCCUUCCUAUCUGUUUUGAGAUUUUUCUCUGGGGAGAGGAGCAAGGCAACAUCUACCUCAAUUCUUAAGGUUGCAGCGACAAAUGGGGGUACAGUUCCACCGGUUUAAUCUGGGGAACCAAUGAGUCUAUUGGGCUUACUCACAAAGCAAUGGCUGAGGGGUUAUGGGCAGGACUGUGGGUGGUUUUAAAGCAGCCAGUAUGGAUGUAACUCUCCUAUGGCUUCCUAGAUGGCAUCUCCUCCCUUCCUCCCAGUUUUCCCCAGCUUAGAUACCUACUCAAGGCAGCAUUCAAUUAGGGCACAACUGCAUACAAUUAGGGCUGUGAGGAUGAGAGUCCCAAGACCCUCCUUCUAGAAGGGAAUGUCAACAGUUAGGCCUAGUUGAACAGAAAGCUUUAUAGCACUGCCAACAGCAGAGGACCUUUCACAAGACCACACAGUUCAACUCAUGAAGAUGGUGGCAGUUUGGCUCUAAGGAUAGACCAAUCACCACCUGAUCCACUCGGUGGUCUCUGGAUCUUCAUGUCUCAUUGGAAUCCCCUAAUAUGGUGCCAUGGCUGCAGACUCUAACCUCAGCAUUCCAGAGGCGGAGGCAGGAGGCCUUUGAUAAGUUUGGGGGACACAUAGCAAGACAUUUUCUGAAAAAACAAACCACAAACAAACCCCCACACAACACACUGGCUGUAGAGAUAACUUAGUGGUUAGGAGUAUUUGCUUUUUCUUCCGAAGAUUUGAAUUCGGCUCCCACAACCCAUGUUGGGCCUUUAACUUGAGCUCGAAGCGAUCCUACUCUUUUCUGGCUUCCUGGGCACCCGCACAUAGGAAAAUAUACAUAAAAAUAAUCUUAUAAAAUAAAAUGAUCAGCGAAGUGGACUCUCGGGCCUUGAGCUUCAUGAAGAACGAGUUACUGUCUAGCACAACGCAGCAUCUCUGGCGCCUAGGCAGACCGAGCGUGACUACUCAAGCUGCAGUGGAGUUUGUCGGGCACGCGUUAAGUCCAGAGCUCACCCCCACCCCCACCCAACACGGCCUUAGCCAGCGAGGGAGAAGCCCUGUUCCCGGCCAGCCCCAGCUACACAAAACGCCGUCUCAAAGUGAGACAACACGUAAGCCGGGGGGCAGUCAGCGGGCUCAGCAGGUGGUGGCACUUACUGACCGGUCGCUCGAACCCACUUACGUGGUGGAAGCGAGAACUGACACGGCGCUAUAGCGCGCGUCCACACAGUGAGACGUUCAAAAAAAGGAGUGAAUAACCGUGGCCUUGGCACUCAAACUGUCAAGCUCAAGGUUUAGGGACAGGGAAAGCUCUAUAGCACUGCCAACCGCAGAGGCGUCCCGCUUUGCCGCGGGCCGGCCGGCGUUCGCUCCACCGGAAGGGGCGGGCCUAGGCUGGCUGUGCUUCCUACCACGGCCUGGUCGCCGGUUCCGGCCUGCGUCACGCUCUGCAUGACGUCGUGGGAGGACGGCGCGCAUGCGCAUCGGACUGUCUUCCCAGGGCGGCUCCUCACAGCCCUAUGGUUUCACAGUCCUGUUUGGGGCACGGCGGAGUCAGGCCUUCCUGGCAGCUGGCCGGAAGCCGGGAGCCGGAAGCCGGAAGGACUUCCUGCGCUCCCGAACCUGCGGCGGAAGUGCAAGUGUCUUGAGCCGAGCGCUGCCUUCUGUGACUAGUCUCUAGUAAUCUCACGCGUGGGGACCUGUGGUGGAGGGAAGGCGGGCCCGGCACGAGUUCCAGUGCAUCCGCGCCCAGCUCUAGCCGCGUUCAUUUAGCUGUCCGUCUCGGGGAUCUUUCUCAAGUGCUGGAGCUGAGCUGUAGCUCAGAUAAGGGAACCGCGGCCAGCUAAGGAGGCCAUGCUCCAUGUAACUCCAUGUCAGCACCAAGCCCUCAGCCGCUGGUGGCAGCUGCCCAGCGGACCCUGGGCGUGGGAAAGAGAAGAGGCCCGCCUCGAGCGGUCUGCCUUCAGCUAGCAGGCGAGGUGCUGGCUGUGGCCCGCGGGCUGAAGCCGGCUGUGCUCUAUGAUUGCAGCUCUGCGGGUGGGUUGGCGCUCCAAAGCUAUCUGAAGGAACUGCAGGGCGUGGGCUUCCUGACGCCAGGGCUUCACGUUCUUGAGGUCGGAGAGAAUUACCUCAUUGUCAGUCCUGAGCGUGCCUGCCAGCACUUGGAGCAGGUGCUGCUUGGUACCGUGGCUUUCGUGGACGUUUCCUGCUCCCAGCCUCAUCCUUCCGUCUGCUCACUGCACCAGCUCCCCGGCUUGAAAUCUCUUACAGCCGAGCUCAUGGCACAUUUUCGAGGGCUGCGGAAGACUGUGUCUCUGGGAGUCUCCUGCAGCAAGCUGCAGUCCGCAGAUUGGAACCUCUGCACUGUCUUUGGGAUACUCCUGGGCUAUCCUGUCUCUUACACGUUUCACCUGAACCGUGGAGAUGGCAACUGCUUAGCCAUGACACCCCUGCGGGUGUUCACUGCCCGGGUCUCAUGGCUGCCUGGCCAACUUCCAGUCCUUCUCUACUCCUUUAGUGUUCCAGAGCGUCUGUUCCCGGCCCUGAGGGACUUUGUAAGUGCCUGGGAGCAGGAACUCAGAACCCGGUUUAGGACUCAGAAUGCCUUUGCUGACCUCAGCAUCUCCUCUGAGGUAGUCACGCUGCCUGCUGUGGCCCUCUGAUUUAACUCUGCCCAGUGAGAAGGUAUUAGGGAGAGGCUAUCUCUGGGUGGAAGAUGUCAAUUGAGAUUCUUGGGAAUGGUGCAAGAAUCCAUUGACCACAGAUGUGAAUGGGGAAUGUUGGCAGUAGUACCAUGGUUUUCAUUUCUAUAUUAGUUCCUAGGAACUGAGCAGAGGUGCCUGCUUGUGUGGGAGGAGGAGACAUAUACCCCGGGAUGGCAGCCUGCGCUGAGUAAACAGUGCCUUCGAAGGAAGGGGAAUGUUCGCGUGUUUAUGUGACUCUAAUGGAAUUAGGGUAUGAGACCAUUGUUUUUAAGUGUCACAAUUCUUUAUUUCUCAAGAAUACACAGUUCUAAAGAAUAGUCUUGUGAGAUAAAGUUUAUUUACAGCAAGGUUUAAAAAAAAAAAACACUAGGAAUCCAGAGUCACUUGGUAGGAAACCCUAAGUUGUAAGGUACCAAAACCUUACAACUUUUUUCAUGGAGUUUGCUUCUGAAUGUCACUUCAGUAGAUGCCGGAAGUUGUUCAGAUCACCAGGCUGCCCUUGUUUGCCAGGAACACUGCCAGUGCUGUAGCAACCACCAGCAGCAGCACUGGGAGCCACUGGCCACUCUGCCUCUGUGGAAGGAGGUGGAGACAGGAGAGAGCAGCAGUGAGCUGGAGAAAACGUGGGCAAGGAUUGUCCCCUGGUAAUUUAACCCAGCAAAAAACCUCACACUGGUGGCAGAUGGGCCUUUUUUUGGCCUCAGUCUCUGCACAUUUAUUUUCACCUCCCUUGAGAUAAACCACUUUACUAGUGGCCUAAAGACUCAUAUCCAAUAGGAGACAGAUCCUUAAAUGCUGACAUGAGUAAUCGAAGUGGCAAAAUAAUACUCUCUUUGAAUGCCUCAGUAUUUUUGCAAUCUUCUUCCUGUCCUUGUUCACAAUAAAAAGGCUUCUUUCAUGCUUGAACCAGCAUGGGUUAAGUAUCCUUUUUCUAAAAUGCUUGGGAUUAGGCAUCUUUCAAAAAUUUUUGGUAAUAUACCAGUUGAGCAGACCUAGUAAAAAGACAUCCUAAUCCCAAAUGCUCCAAAAUCAUCUGAAGCACCAUGCUUGUGUGUGCAGUGUUUUGGUCUAGAGCAUGUCUGGUUUCCAGAGUCGGGGGCCUUAGUCUAGUGUUUUCCAGACUCCAGAGUGGCAUAGAAAUUGGGUGCAUUGUAGAUAGUGUUGCUUUCAUGGUCGCCGUGUUGUUGGCACAGGGUAAAGUGGAGCGGACAGGGCAGCCAGGUGUUGCUGGGGCCUGAUAUAUUUUUUUCUGUUUUUUGUUUCUGGUUUUCUGAGAUAUUUCAGUCUUUCUCCUAUCACAUUUCAGGAAAAUGUUGAGUUAUAAGCUUUGUUGUGCUGUACAUAAUUACAUUUUACACAUGAAAAUGCUAAAAUUUUUUUAUAUUAUUGUUGAUGGUGGUGUGUGUGUGUGUGUGUGUUAAUAUCACAGUGAAUGUGUACGAGUAAGAAGACAAUUCUUGGCGUCACUUUCUCCUCCCAUGUGGGUCCCAGGGACUGAAUUCAGGUCAUCAGGCUUGGCAGUGUGCUUCUGUACCUACUGAGCCAGUUUCCUGGCCCCAAUACAUGUAAAUGCUUUCAUGUGACUCAGUGAAAGUGCUUCAUGAAUAGGCAAACUAAAAAAUAAGUUCUUGCAGCACAAAAGGCUUAGACGUAGAGGAGGACAAGCCUCUCUUCCUUGGGAUUGCAUUGCUUUUGCACGCUUCCAAGGGGAUGUGGAUUUGGAAGUAUGUUCCUAGGAAAGGGUUUGCUAUUUAAGAGCUACAUGAAGCAUUAUGAUACUUAGUAUGUGACAGAAUCUAGGAAAUGAAUGUAUACCAAGUGCUGUGUUCUGGUUGGCUUCCUGAUAGGCUACUGACAGAGCCUUGCAUAGGGGUUGUUAUAAAUUAGAAAGGAGGAAGAUUGCAACUCCAGGAACAAAGAAAUUUACAGAAGAAAAUGAACGCCUGUGUUCAUCCAGUCACUGUGUACACUUGGAUGUUCCUGCUUCCGGUUGCCUCCCAGAAGGUUUCCGUGCCCCACCCCGCCAAUCUAGUGAACCCUCACAAUCUAGAUGAGUCCUCACAGUAUAGGUGGGCCGUCACAUCUGGAUGAGUGCCACAAUAUGAGGUCACCUCCUCACCUUUUCCUUGGCCUGGAGCUGAGAUGUCUCCUUUUGUAGCUGGUCUCUGAGCUCCCCAUCCUUCUUUCCUGCAUUCCCAGGCUUUGCUUCAUCAAGGGAGACCUUUGGAUUCCACACAGGUAAAGCCUGAUCUAAAAAAGCAUCCAGAUUCUCAGUGACAGGGAGGCCCUUGGCUGUGAGGGCUGGUCCUGUCGCUGACUGAGAACCCUUGGCAUUUGUAGAGCAGUGAGACGGUUGGCAUCACUGAUCUGAGUGGAACAUUCUGCAUUAAAGAGCUCUGGUGUGCUGGCACAGUGCGCACACUUUAAUCCCCGCAGCCGAGAGGCGGAGGCAGGUGGAUCUCUGUGAGUUCCCGGACAUCCAGACUACAUAGACCCUGCAUGGAAAACAAACAAGCGAACAGAAGAAUUGUGGUGUACCCUGCAGCCUAGACAUACAGCUGGAGUUUGGACUCCUUGAGGCAAGGCUGACAUCUUAUUUUUCUUUGAUUUUGUUUGAUUUUCCUUGAUAUUUUUUGUGAAUGUUUACUAGUUGAAAUGCUUUUCAUUAUUGUCAUGUAGUAUCUAGUUUCUCAUGUAGGUUUGUGUAAUGCUUUUGUGUAACUGUGUGCCCUUUGUGCCCUCAUUGCAAAGUCCUAAAAAUGGAAGACAUUCUAGACUUGCCUCUUAAUGGCUUAAAGUUGGGUUUCUGCCACCUGUACUUUUGGUUUUGAUGAAAAGAGCCUUGGAGCAGAGUCAAGUUCAGGGUUACUGUUUUAGUUCAGUCAUUAAUUUAUAUGAUCAAAGAACCUCAUAUUCUUCCCCAUGUUAUGACUCCUUCCUACAUUCUCCUGCAUUGUAGUAGUUGUGAGAGGAAAACAGCAGCCUAUGUGUUGUGGAAAACUGAAGAGCCACUAGAGCCUCUGGCUGAUGAGUCCUUAACAAACUCGGGCAGCAGAUUGGCCCCGGCCCGCAUGGGAGCACUCUGUGUGCUGUAUGGUUUGGGCUGAGAAGCUGAUUGUGAUUUGUGAAGUCAACUGUGUAAAGACUGACAUGAAAUCCUGAGUUCAAAAUCAAUUUAUUGAAAUCUUCAACAUAAACACAUGUUUCUCAGAGAAAGUAGAAAUUCUUUCCCACAGUUUAUAUACCUCCCAGGGUAGAUGACUGACUAAAGUGUCCAGGCCAGCGAUCGUUUCUGAAAACAUUCCCCUACCUCCCUGGCUUCACAGACUCAGAAGUGGGUGGGACCCAAAGAGUCAUGUAGUCCAUUCCCCAGCCUCUAGGCAGACAGAGAAAGAGCAACGUUUAGUGGGAGUAAGUUUGCUGACCUUUCCUUAAGAGUUUCUCCUGUUCUCGGAGUUGUGAGGAUUGACUCUGAAGCAGACCUGUUGGGAGAGAAAGGAAGUUGUGUGUGCUAGUAGAUGUGCUGUAGAGACUCACUUCAGACAUCAGCUUGGGGUCUCAGGUGUUAAAGUUACCCUCUACUAGGGACCCAGAGUGUCCCUCAGAAUUAUGUUGAAGUGCUGACCCCUGUAAUGUAACCUUCCUUGGAGAUGGAGUCUUUAAAAAGGUAAUUGAGUAAAAAUAAGGUCAUUAAGAUGGGCCCUGGUCCAGGUAACUGAUGUUCUUACAGGAAAGGGAACAUUUAAACCCACAUAUCCUCCAGGGAGAGAGAUGUGCAGACCUUAAAGAAGACGCCAGCUGCAAAGCCAAGAAGAGACUCAGAGCGGCUGACCCGCAGAAGGUGCUAACCGUCUGGCAGCCUGAUUUGGUCUGCAGCCCACAGAACUGAGGAACAGCGCCUUUUGUAGUCCAAACAACCUAAUCUGGUACUUCCUUACAUAUGUGCCAUCCCAUGUGAGCUUCUACCAGGCCUUUGGGUCUCUGCUUAACUGUUCCUUUAGGAGGACCAUCAAUAAAACAGUGAUUCAUUUUACCUUUAA